CAACUUCUUGUUCGAUGCAGAUUAUUAAGAGGCACAUUCCUGUUUAAACUCGAACUCAAUGGAUAUCUCCAUUAAAACAUUUGGUUUGGGCAAACACCGAACACGGUGACACAGGAAAAAGCUCGGAUAAAUAACGGGUAACGUGUCUACAUCGAAAGCACUUUGACAUCCAGAAAGGCAGGCAGACUACACAACCCGUUCUGAAAAUGAAUCCUGACAACUUCACAGCCGCUUCUCAAAGUAUUCUGAAGGGAAUAAACAGCAACACAACGUGGAACCAAUUCACCGGACUGCAGCUCCUACAAUCUUUCAAACCUCUCAUCAUUCCCUGCUACUCCUUCGUCGUUUUCAGCGGCAUUCUUGGAAACUACCUGCUUAUCCAUGUCAUAUGCAAAACCAAGAAAAUGCAUAACGUUACCAAUUUUUUAAUAGGCAACUUGGCGUUCUCGGACAUGUUAAUGUGCGCAACCUGCGUGCCACUGACCUUAGCCUAUGCGUUUGAACCACGGGGUUGGGUGUAUGGCAUAUUUAUGUGUUAUUUCGUUUUUCUGAUGCAACCAGUUACUGUUUUUGUCUCUGUGUUCACACUGACUGUCAUCGCUGUAGACAGGUACUAUGCAACGGCGUAUCCGCUCAAGCGGCGCCUCACUAUCCCUACCUGCGCUUACAUUCUAGCUGCUAUUUGGUUACUUUCUUGUGUCCUAGCAGCGCCGGCCUUAGCCCAUACUUACCACGUCGAUUUCCCUCAACUCGACUUCUCUAUCUGCGAAGAGUUCUGGGUAGGGGUGGAGAAGGAGCGACUGGCUUAUGCCUACAGCACGCUAAUUGUGACCUACGUACUGCCUUUAAUAGUUAUUUCCUUGUCUUACUUGAGGAUCUCUGUGAAACUGAAAAACCGCGUCGUGCCCGGCAACAUCACCCAGAGUCAAGCGGAGUGGGACCGAGCGAGGCGAAGGAAAACCUUCCGUCUGCUGGUUUUGGUGGUGGCUGCUUUUGGUAUCUGUUGGCUUCCACUGCAUAUCUUCAAUAUGAUGAAGGACAUGGAUAUUAACUUAAUCGACAAGCAGUACUUCAAUCUGAUUCAGCUGCUGUGCCACUGGUUCGCUAUGAUGUCCGCCUGCACCAAUGCGAUUCUAUACGCUUGGCUGCAUGACAAUUUCAGAGGGGAGCUGAAAAAGAUGUUUGCCUGGAGAAAGAAAAGGAUAGCGCCAACAACCAACGGUGUGAUGGCCAGUGUGGUUCUUUAAAACUGUAUGAUCAUAGUGUUCGUGGUACUUGUAUGUUUUUCAUUAGGGUUUUCCCCACAAAGUUUUGUCCACAAAAGUAUUAUUUGUCUGCGACCUUAUUGAAAUAUUAUCUAAUAAACAAUACCAAUCAAGCUAUCCAUCUUAGUACAAGUUUGCUUAUAAUGUUGUAAUUUCACGAACCUAAAACCUUUCAAGAAAUGGUUCUCAGUCCUCACUAUUGAUUUAUAGUAUACAUAGCCAAUAUAUGGAGCACAUCAAUACAAUAUAAAAUUGCUCUGACAGAGGUGAAACGGACCAGCCUAGUAAAUCAGCUCAUAUACCACCAGUACAUAUCAUCACUAUACCAAUCAUAAUAACUAUGCCAUAUUCAUUACAGAAAAUAAAGGCAAAUGAACUCUUAAAUAAAGACAAAUAAACAGGUAACUGAAUCGCACAGAGAGGUAAACAAUUUCAUAUUAUAUAUGUCGGAUGUUUUUGUAGUAAGGUGUGAGGAAAAAACGCGAUUUAAAUAUGCUCUAUGUUUCAAGACGCGUUGAUCUUUGUUGCUGCUUUUAAAAACAGUUGAGUAAUGCCUCGAGAAAUGUAUUUAUGACAAACGAAACAAGGCAGCAUUCUUUACAUAUUUGUCGACAACCUCCUACUUAUAUGUUUUUAGUGUUUAUGAUCAUUUUUAUUAAGAGACAACACGCAGUUACAGCUAUUAGUGAAUUCACUUAUUAGGGUGAGUGGACAAACCUUCAAACAUAAAAAAAUAAGUGCAUACGAAAUGUAUAUGCUUCAGUUUCUGGUAACAAUAGAUGACAAAGGAUAAGCAAUGCACUGAAUAAAUAAUCCAUACUUUGGAAUACAAAGGAAAUAAUACUCGAGGCCAUACAUAUAAUUAUAAUGGCAUGUGUAGGACCUAUACGGGUCUAUAAGAAAAAUAUACUAAAUAAGGCGAAAGUAUUUUAGAUUUGGUAGGUUUCAUAUCUUGCUCCAAGACAUAUAGCGUACAAGUUGUUGAAUUUAAAUUGGCUUUACGUGCAGCCAAGUCCAUUCAAAAGUUGAGAUUUAAAAAGUAAGGUCUUGAUUGUAAGAAGCUUUCUCCUCGUAGACUCAGUAAAAAAAGGGACUGGCUUUAUUGAAGGCUUUGAUUAUUUGAAUAUAGUUUGAUAUUUCACAUCAGUUCCUUAGACACGAAAAAAUAACCUAUUAACAAAAGUCAACCGUACAAAAAACGAUUUAAAGGACAAAACAUACUGUAGGUAUUCCCAAAGACAACCGUCCACAUAAACUGCGUACCUGCCGUUUUUACGCACAAUAACAUCCGACAUAAGCACUCAAUUUAAAUUGAAUGCGUAAAAAUGUAACAGGGUCAAGAAUCACCUGUUCACAUUUAUUUUAAACUUGUAUGAUAUUUUUAUAAUUUAUUUUAUUGAUUUGAUUAGUGCACGUUUUAUGUUGUCUUGACACAUUUGGAUAACUGAUUUGUAUCACUUUAUGUUUUGAUAAUUGAUUUGUAUCACGUUAUGUUGGCUUCUCCACUCACAUCCCUUUAUUUGCUUUAUUGGGCACUAACUAAUUGAAUUAUGGAUCAAUUUACGCACAUAAAUAUAAACAGCACAUGUGUUUACAGACGAGAUGGCUACUCUGCGGUUUAUGUUUGUGAGGGUGGGAACGCAGUGUUUGGAGGAGUGAGAGAGACUGAAACAGAUCAGUAAAUGGAACAUCCCGACAAUAAGUAUUGGGCUGAUUGUAUGAUGGUGUUGAAUAACGAGCGCGAAAGGCUCCAGUGUGUUUAACCCGUUUGGUAGCAGAUGGGAAUUUAAGAAGUGUAUAGAAUAGGUUAUAUUGCGAUGCUGGUUUCUCGCUUUCUCUCUCGCUCUCUCUGUGUGUUCCCUCCCUUGCACGGACAUUGUGUGUGUGUGUGUGUGGUGUAGGUAUUUAUACUUUGGUACCAUGGUAUUGUUUUUAGUAUGACAGUUUUCCUGUGUCUUUGAAUGUGUAUCUCCACUGUAUUGCUGGGUUUCAGCGUUGUUGCAAUUGAUCUAUAAUACAUGACCUCAUUAAUGUGUACCUUUGUUUAACUGUUUGAAAUCGUGUUACCUUAAUAGGUGAAUGGAAUUAUUGUUUUAUUACACAAGUAGCGUUUUAGACUGUGU